AUGGCUGUCGAAUUUCCCGAAGAAGAGAAGCUUUUGAUGCAGAAGGUAGCUAAGAUUUUCGAUGAAGCUCGAGCAUCUCGCAUCCGCAAGCUGAAAGAGCUCUCUGCUCUCCGUUCUUCGACUUCUCUUGCUCAAUUCUUCGCUGCUUUCACUAAAACCCUAACCCCUGUCUUCACUUCCCAGCGCCGCACCGCUUCUGUCGAACGGAUCGUUCAAUUUGUUGUUAUUUUUGUCUGCACACGGGAUCCUAACAAUUCUGAGGAUUACGAUGCUUUUUUUGAACAGUUUCUUCGUUUUCUCAUCACUGGAACCACUGCCGCUAGCAGAACUUCCAGGUUUAGGGCUUGUCAAAUUAUUUCGGAGAUCAUAAUGCGAUUACCAGACGAUGCAGAAGUCAGCGAUGAUCUGUGGGAUGAGGUGAUUGAUUGCGUUAAAGUGCGGGUGGGGGAUAAGGUUCCAGUAGUCCGCACAUUUUCAGUCAGGGCUUUAUCUCGUUUUGCAAAUGAUGCAGAGAAUAGUGACAUUCUUGAAUUAUUACUUGAAACAUUGCCUUCAGAACAGAAUCCAGAUGUUCGUAAAACCAUACUGCUGUCUUUACCGCCUUCCAAUGCAACAUCCACAGCAAUCAUCAAUUGCACAUUGGAUGUGAGUGAAGCUGUGCGUAAAACUGCUUAUUUUGUUUUAGCUAGUAAAUUCCCCCUUCAGAGUCUCAGCAUUAAGCAGAGGACAAUUAUCCUCAAGAGGGGACUUGCUGAUCGUUCUGCGGCUGUGACCAAGGAAUGUCUUAAAUUGAUGAAAGAUGAGUGGCUUAUGAAGUCCUGCGACGGAGACCCCAUAGAGCUUCUCAAGUAUCUAGAUGUAGAAACUUAUGAAUCGAUUGGGGUGUCUGUCAUGGAGGCUCUCUUGAAAGCUGGACUGGUAAAGCUGCAUGGCGGUCAAAGUAUCAAGGAAUUCUUGUCAUCAGACAGCAAUACAACAGAAGGUUAUUGUAAUUCACACAGGAGCUGUACCCAACUAGUGGAUGCAGAAGUUGCUUUGUAUUUGAGGACUUUGUGCAAGCAUUUACAGACAGAGGCACAGGCAAAGGGAUCCGAUGCAGCUAUGACUUCAGGCACUGAAGCAGCCGUAUAUGCAUCAGAAGCUUCAGAUAGUAAUGAGCUUCUGGAGAAGAUUCUUCCUGAAUCUGUUUCUGAGUACAUCGAGUUGAUUAAAGCUCAUAUUGUUGCUGGACAAACUAAUCGGUUUGUAGCUCGACAACUGCUUUUACUUGGGUCAAUGCUUGAUUUCUCUGAUGCUACAAAUAGGAAGGUUGCUGCCGUCUUUGUGCUAGACUUGCUAAACUGCCCACUUCAGCAUGAGAUAGAUGAUGAUGGGAAUAAAGUUGUUAUAGGAGAUGGCAUUAGUCUGGGAGGAGAACCAGACUGGGCUGAUGCAGUCUCUGGGUUGGCUAAAAGAGUACACGCCACUCCAGGUGAAUUUGAAGAAGUCGUUUUAGGGGUUGUAGCUGAGCUUGCUAGACCUUGCAGAGAAAGGACAGCAGACUUCUUGGACUGGAUGCAUUGUCUUUCUGUCAUUGGUCUUCUUUUGGAGAACACAAAAUCUUUUCGUUGGAUGCAUGGAAAGGCCAUUGAACCAGCAGAAUUACUGCAUUCUUUAUUGCUUCCAGGGGCCAAACACAUUCAUUUGGAUGUCCAGAGAGCUGCUAUCCGGUGUUUAGGUCUUUUUGGGAUUCUGGAGAGAAAUCUCACUGAAGUACUAAUCAAGCAGUUGAGGCUUUCCUUUGUUAAGGGACCAUCUCUAGUGAGUAGCAUGGCUAGUAAAGCUUUGAUGGAUCUUGCAACAUGGCAUGGUCCCCAGGAAGUGGACAAAGCCAUGAACCAGAGUCUGUCAUCACAGUUCCAAGAUCAUGCCAAAACUAUUCAUCCUGUUGAUUGGAGCGAUACAAAUGAGGACUUGAAUAUAGAAUUAAUUGAUCUGCUAUAUGCAGGGUUUGAUAGAAAUGAUUUCAGUAAACCAGGUGAUGCUGAUGAGAGCGAGUCUGUUCAUGCAGUUCUAGCCGAGGGCUUUGCAAAGUUCCUCCUUUUGAGUGAGAACUACCCGAGCAUUUCUGUUUCUUCACAUCCUAUACUCUUGGCCAAGCUAAUUAAUCUUUAUUUCAGUCGCAAAACGGCUGAGUGGCAGAGGUUAAAGCAGUGCCUCUCCGUGUUCUUUGAGCAUUAUCCAUCCCUUUCGGUGAAUCACAAGAAAUGUAUCUGCAAGGCUUUCCUUCCUGUCAUGCGUUCAAUGUGGCCUGGCAUCGACGGCAGUACGGGUGGGUCAAACGUGACUCUAUCUAACAGGCGGAAGCAUGCAAUCCAAGCUUCUCGGUUUAUGCUGCAGAUGUUACAGGCUCCAUUAUAUCCAAAGGAGAUUGACCAGCCGGAUGAAAAUGUCAACAAAAACUCGCCGGAGCAACUUCAUGAUCCCACUAAUUCUUCGAAUAACUUUGAUUUUGGAGAAGAAGGGCUUGCUAUAUGUAUUGCUUCUGAGGUUCUGAGUUUCCAGAAGAAAAAAACUGCUGCAGAGAGAUCCUAUGUUUCUGCUAUCUCUAAAAUACUUGUAUUGCUUCGUUUUCGGCCACCAGAACAAGGGGCCAUCAAGUUAAUGAGGAGGCUCAUGAACCGUGUUGCUGAAUCUGUAUCAGCGGAUAAGGAGAUUGUUAAGGAGGUCAAACGAAUGGCUGAACAUCUUAAGGCAUUAGAUGGGUCCCCUGAUGAACCAUUGCCGGCAGAGCAAGCUAAUCUUUUGUUAGAGAAGUUGGAUGUAGAACUGAAUAUUGAUGAUGAUGAGUCUUCUUCCCUUGAGGUUGAGCCUACACCAUUGCCGCCGAAGGCUAGCAGACCAGUGCGAGGAAGGAGACGUGCAAGGCAGGAAGUAGAAUCUUCUUGUUCCUCCGAUGAAGACGAAACAUUACAACAGAUUGUCGUUCCUACUACUAAUCCUAGCGUUCGAUCGCAAAGAGCUAGCAAGUCUGCAGCAUUGUCAAAAUUAGCUUCUAGCAAUAAACCUGUCAAGAUUAAUGAUGAUGAUGAGGAUGAAGAUGAAGAUGAAGAAUCAGAGGUUACAUCGGAGGAUGAUUCCGAUUGAAUAUGUUAAAACAUGUAAGUUGGUUAUGUAGAUGUGAAAAUGAGUAUGAUUUUCAUGAAAACGAUGUCGUUUUGGUUAAAUAUAUAGUCUGUUUGUGAAGUGGGACGAUUGAAACAUGUUGUAUGUUGUAAUCAUGCAAAGCGUU